AUGGACACUUCAUCCAAAGAAAAUAUCCAGUUAUUCUGCAAAAGUUCAAUGCAACCUGUCGGGCAAUCUUCCUUUAAAACAGAAUAUUCUUCCUCAAAGGAGAAACAACGAUGCUGUGGUAAACUGAAGGUAUUUUUGGGUGCCUUGUCUUUCGUCUACUUUGCCAAAGCAUUGGCAGAAGGUUAUCUGAAGAGCACCAUCACUCAGAUAGAGAGAAGGUUUGAUAUCCCUUCUUCACUUGUGGGAGUUAUUGAUGGUAGUUUUGAAAUUGGGAAUCUCUUAGUUAUAACGUUUGUAAGCUACUUUGGAGCCAAACUUCACAGGCCAAAAAUAAUUGGAACAGGGUGCCUAAUCAUGGGAGUUGGAACAUUGCUCAUUGCAAUGCCUCAGUUCUUCAUGCAGCAGUACAGAUAUGAAAAAUACUCUCCUUUCUCUAAUUCCACUCUCAGCCUCUCUCCAUGUCUUUUGGAGUCAGACAGUCAAUUACCUCUCUCGAUUAUAGAAAAAUCACAAUCCAAAAGGACUGAUGAAUGUGAAAUGGAUGCCGGCUCUUCCAUGUGGGUUUAUGUUUUCCUGGGGAACCUUCUUCGUGGAAUUGGGGAAACUCCUAUUCAGCCUCUAGGCAUUGCCUACCUUGAUGAUUUUGCCAGUGAAGACAAUUCUGCUUUCUAUAUUGGGUGUGUGCAGACGGUUGCAAUUAUAGGACCGAUCUUUGGCUUCCUGCUAGGCUCAUUAUGUGCCAAACUGUAUGUUGACAUUGGCUUUGUAAACCUAGAUCAUGUAACCAUUACUCCAAAGGAUCCCCAGUGGGUAGGAGCCUGGUGGCUGGGUUACCUAAUAGCAGGAAUUGUAAGUCUUCUUGCAGCUCUGCCUUUCUGGUGUUUACCAAAGAGUCUGCCGAGACCCCGAAGUAGAGAGGAUUCCAAUUCCUCCUCUGAAAAAUUCAAGUUUAUUAUGGAUGAUCAUACAGACUACCAAACACCCCUUGGAGAAAAGUCAAAAAUAAUGGAAAUGGCAAGAGAUUUUCUUCCAUCACUGAAGAAUCUCUUUGGAAAUCCACUGUACUUGUUAUAUUUGUGUGCCAGCACCGUUCAGUUCAAUUCUUUGUUUGGAAUGGUGACCUAUAAACCCAAGUACAUUGAGCAGCAGUAUGGGCAGUCAUCCUCUAAGGCCAACUUUGUUAUCGGGCUCAUCAACAUACCUGCAGUGGCCUUUGGAAUAUUCUCUGGGGGGAUAGUUAUGAAAAAAUUCAGAAUCAGUGUAUAUGGAGCUGCAAAACUCUACUUGGGAUCAUCUGUUCUUGGGUACCUCCUAUUCCUUUCCCUGUUUGCACUGGGCUGUGAAAAUUCUGAUGUGGCAGGACUAACUGUCUCCUACCAAGGAACCAAACCUGUCUCUUAUCAUGAACGAGCUCUCUUUUCAGAUUGCAACUCAAGAUGCAAAUGUUCAGAGACAAAAUGGGACCCUGUGUGUGGUGAAAAUGGAAUCACCUAUGCAUCGGCAUGUCUUGCUGGUUGUCAGACCUCCACCAGGAGUGGAAAAACUCUUAUAUUUUAUAACUGUACCUGUGUGGGGAUUGCAGCCUCAAAGUCAGGAAAUUCCUCAGGCAUGGUGGGCAGGUGUCAAAAAGAUAAUGGAUGUCCCAAAAUGUUUCUGUAUUUCCUUGUCAUUUCAGUCAUCACAUCCUAUACUUUAUCUCUAGGUGGCAUACCUGGAUACAUACUGCUUCUGAGGUGCAUUAAGCCACAAUUUAAGUCUUUUGCCCUGGGUAUCUACACCUUAGCAAUAAGAGUUCUUGCAGGAAUCCCAGCUCCCGUGUAUUUUGGAAUUUUGAUUGACACCUCAUGCCUCAAAUGGGGAUUUAAAAGAUGUGGACGUAGAGGCUCCUGCAGAUUAUAUGAUUCAAAUGCUUUCAGACACAUAUAUCUGGGACUAACUGUGAUGCUGGGCACAGUGUCCAUUUUCCUAAGUAUUGCAGUACUUUUCACUUUAAAGAAAAAUUGUGUUUCAAAACAUAGAAGCUUCAGAACCAAGACAGAAGGAACAAUGGUGUCUACAAGAAUCAGGAAGGAAAAUUGUACUACAAGUGAUCAUUUGCUACAACCCAACUACUGGCCAGGCAAGGAAACACAGCUUUAG